AUGAAGUACAUCGGUCUUGCUAUGGGCUUGCUGAGCUCUGCCCUCGCUCUCCCUCACAGCGCUCCGCCUCUCCCUCUUGAAACCUCCUCCGACCUACCGUCUAGCCUGCUUUCAGGCUGGCCUACCCCGACAGGCCCUCUUCCCAGCGACCCGCUGCCAACAUCGAACGGGGUCGAGAAGCGCCGACUCGACAGCACUACCAGCGACACCGACACCAGUGACAAUCCCGACGAGUCGAAUGCCAGCAUCGCCACGACGGUAACCGUGGGGCCUCCCGAUGCCGUCAAGAAGCGCCAGUUCUCGUCUACCCUCCCGACGGACCUGCCCCUUUCACUGCCUUUUGAAAUCAUCCCGCCUAUCUCUAGUGGCAUUGCCCGGCCCAGCAGUACCUUUCAAAAGCGUCAGCUCGACGAGUCUUCUAUCACUGUCGGCCUCGGCAUCAUUCAGACCGAUGCCCCUGAGAAGCGCCAGGUCUUGGAUCUGAGUGAUCUGCCUGUAUCUACUCCUUUGGUUUAG